CUUUGACGAAGACCAUGCUUUGGCAACACAUUGACGGAUCAAAUCUUGACCCCCAAGCCCUGGCUGAAAAAUUCUUCAUUGUGGGUAUGCAGAUCCCUCGUUUGGCCGUUGCCUUGCCUGCUCAUUUGGACAAUGACAAACUGGUGCUCUCCAUGUUAGUGCACAGACGGCCCAGUACAGUCUCUUGGGCAUGGCAUCUCCUUCAGCGUUUGUUUGAACCAUCGUUGCGAUUGAAAAUUUUCAAUUUCAACUGUAGAUUGCAUGGGAACUGUACUCGCAAUGUCUUCGGAAGCACUUUACGAUCAAGACUCAUUGGCUUCAACAUUCCGCAAGAGUAGUGAGAGCAUAAAGAAGUUCAUCGAUACAUCUUUACUCUGGCUUGAUCUUCUCUUCGCAGCACAGCCAGAAUGGGUAGAUUACCUCCUCAUCACCUGCGGGACGCUCUGUGCCGUCGCUGCAGGCGUUCCUUUCCCGCUGAUGGGCGUCUUGUUUGGUCAGAUCGUGGACAAUUUCAACAGCGCUACUUGCGCGGCGGAAGGCGAACUCUCUAACGACCCUUUUCAGUAUGAACACGCGAUCAACGACAAAGUAAUAAAAACAGCAUACAUUGGGGCGAUCGCACUUGUAUUAAUUUACGGUCAUCUGACGUGCUGGAACAUUAUCAGCCAACGUCUCGCGCAUCGUAUGCGUACAACAUAUGUUUCCGCACUUCUUCGGCAGCCGCCCUCAUACUUUGACGCUCACGUCAGCUCUGGCCAGGUCUCAAAUCGCCUUAAUGGAGAUAUCACCGCGAUUCAAGCGGGAACGUCAGAAAAAGUCGGCAAUAUUAUUACCACCAUAAGUUUCUUUGUGACUGUAUUCAUCAUUGCCUUUUCCAAGCAGCCUCGCCUAGCUGGUAUUCUGAUAUCGAUGGUACCUGCUUUUCUUCUCUCGGGAGCCUUCGUUGGACGACGUAUGAGGAAAUAUGUUUCUCAACAAGCUGCAGACGUUAAAUUGGCGUCUUCGGUCGCCUCCGAGGCGCUCUCGCAUAUUGAAGUAGUACAGGCUUUUGGCGCUGCUCCACGACUUGAAGCAAAAUUUACGGAACACAUAACUGCUGCGUGCAAGCACGGAAUCACAAAGUCAGCAAUUGCUGCGAUUCAAACAGGUUUACUGUAUUUUAUUGCGUACUCCGGUAACGCUUUAGCUUUUUGGCAAGGAAGCUUUCUGAUUGUUGAUUCUUUCAAGAGCAGCGGCAAUGGUACAACGGUUGGCGAGAUUUAUGCCAUUGUCUAUCUCCUCGUCGACGCAUGUGUCAUGCUAGGCAGUAUAGCUCCAUCUCUCCCAUUCCUCAGUGCCGCGACUGCUGCUUACAAAGAACUUAAGAAAGACAUCACUGCGUCUUCUGCGAUAGAUGGUACUUCUGAGAAAGGCGAAAUUCUCACUCCGAGUAAAGCGAAAACACUACGUUUUCAAGACGUAGCAUUCGAAUACAACUCAAGGCCAGGACAAUUGGUCCUAAGCAAUUUGAAUAUUGAGUUCGCCGCUGGCAAGCACACCGCUAUCGUCGGUCUGUCUGGUAGUGGAAAAUCAACGGUUGCAUCUUUGAUUGUCCGACUUUAUGACCCAACGAGGGGUAAAGUUCAGCUCGAUGGCCAUGAUCUACGCGACUUGAAUGUCAGGUCACUUAGGAGUUUCAUUGGCUUCGUUCAGCAAGAGCCCACGCUCUUUGAUCGCUCCAUUUUUGAGAACAUCGCUCUUGGAUUGUGCAAUUCACCUAGACCAGAAUUCAAACGACUGAUGCCUUUUCUGCAGGAAAGCCAUCUCGCAAGAAUUGCUGCCAAAGGCAAAGAUGCUUUGUCGUUCGCAAAAACGCUUGGUCCAGAGUUCUCCAAGAUCGCCGAACUGGUUCAGAGAGCCGCAGAUGUAGCGGAUGCAUUAACUUUCAUUGAGCAAUUAAAUGAAGGGUUUGGCACGCCUGCUUCUAUUUGUGGUUCUCGUUUAAGUGGUGGACAGAGACAACGCAUUGCGCUUGCACGAGCUCUGAUUCGCGAACCGGAGAUCCUUGUACUUGACGAGGCAACUUCGGCGCUAGACUCUGCCAGCGAGAGAAAAAUACAGGCUGCAGUUGAGCGAGUUGCUGCAGGAGGAAACACGGUCAUCUCGAUUGCGCAUCGUCUGUCCACAAUUCGAAACGCUGAUCACAUCCUUGUCAUGAAAGCUGGACAGGUUGUACAACAAGGCACAUACAGCGGCCUUAUGAGCGAUUCGGAUGGAGAAUUCGCGCACAUGGUUCGACUUCAAGAUAUGGGAAAAUCUGACGCAACUGACUGUGCAUCCCUCACUGAUGAUUCAACUGGGCUUUCACCAGCAAAGGAUGAAUCACCGGUUGAUGAAAAGUCCCUCAUGCAGGAAUCUGACAGAAGGGGUACACAUGAAAAGAUGAAUACAACGUCUGGAGAGAACGAGAUCCCGAGAACUUCAGAGAUAGAAGAUUCAGACUCGGUCACAAGGUUCAGUUCUGUUAUUAAGGGUCUUGCUUGGCUUCUUCGGCCUCAGCUCGCUCUCCUUGCCCUGGCAAUUUCCUCUGCAAUUAUCGUAGGAUGCACCUUUUCGGGCGCGGGCAUCAUAUUCGGCUUUACCGUUGGUAGGCUUAACCCUUGCCAAAAUACGGUCGAAGGCAUUCUUGAAGGAGGUCGGUUUUUCGCAGGGAUGUAUUUCUUGCUCGCAAGUGUCGAGUUUAUAGCGAACUUCUUAAUGUGGUGGACAUUCGGCGUCAUUGCCGAAAAGUUACUAUACAAUCUUCGCGCAUUGUCCUUUGGUUCCUUGCUUGAGCAGUCAGUCAACUGGUACACAGACAAUGGACGAACCCCGACCAGUCUCCUCUCCAUUAUUACAAGAGACAGCACGGCAGUUAGCAACUUUGGGGGUUCAACUUUUGGCACAGUCUUUGCUAUUUGCGUCAACGUCGUUGUUGCAAUCAUUGUGUCUUUCAUUUUCGCCUGGAAGAUCGCAAUUGUUUGCCUGGUCACUCUGCCAAUUCUCCUCGGAACCGGCUUCAUGCAACUUCGCAUGUUGGCUCGUUACGAAGAGCGUCACCAGAACGCCUUCACGACAGCGACUUCGCUCGCAACAGAAGCAAUCCAGUCCAUAAAAACCGUGGCCGUGCUAUCACUCGAGCGUGAAUAUAUGGAAUCUUUCAAGUCUUUACUGGAGUCACCCCGAAGGCAAGUUGUUCGCGCGUCGGCAACUACAAACGUGUGGCUCGCGAUCUCCUAUACGACGGGCAUUUUUGUCAAUGCCUUGGCGUAUUGGUGGGGAUCUCAGCUUAUCAUGAAGGGACAGUACUCGCAGAAAGAUUUCCUCGUUGUGCUUGUGGCAAUGUUGAUAAGCGCCCAGCUUUGGAGUGGUAUGUUUGCCCUCGCACCCGAGUUCUCUCGAGCUCGUCUGGCCCUUACACGUGUUAUGGAUACAAUAAAUAUUGGUUCCAAGUCUCAGAUUGAGAAGAAGCCUCCGGGCGCCUUAAAUUUCUUCGACGAUGAUGAGGCCAUGAAAGGGGACCUAAGAACUGCUUCAUUCCAAACUCAUCCUCGUGGGGGCUCUAAGGUUGCGUUCGUGGACGUUUCAUUUGCAUAUCCCAACUCUCCGCACACUACUGUUCUGGACAAAGUGUCGUUUACUAUCGCUCCAAAUCAAUUCUUUGGUCUAGUUGGGCCUUCAGGAUCAGGGAAGUCGACGAUUUUGAAGUUGGUGCAGCGUCUAUACAGACCAACACAUGGUGCGAUAUACAUUGACGACCGAGAUAUCAGCACUCUUUCACCAUCUUUCCGCGAUACGAUCGCCAUCGUGCCCCAAGAACCUUCGCUAUUCGAUGGCAGUAUCCGCUUUAACGUUGGCUUGGGCGCUCCUCCCUAUCGCCAGGCGACCGAUGCCGAGAUUGAAGAAGCAUGUCAUCUAGCUAAUAUCCACGAAGUUAUUAAAAAUCUCCCAGAUGGCUACGAAACCCAGUGUGGCCCAAGCGCAUCUCGUUUGUCGGGUGGUCAGAAACAGCGAAUCGCAAUUGCCCGCGCUCUGAUACGUCGUCCAUGCCUCCUACUUCUCGACGAGAGCACCAGCGCACUGGAUGCAGAAAGCGAGGCAGAGUUCCAUCAGGCUUUGAAGAAAGUGGCCCGAUGUACAACAAUUAUUGCCAUUGCACAUCGAUUGCGGACUGUCCAAGAAGCUGAUUCAAUCCUACUUGUUGAAGGCGGGCGAAUUGUCGAUAGUGGGCGACAUUCUGAGCUCAUGGAAAGGAGAGAAAGCUAUAGAUUGAACGUGAUGCAGCAAAUGUUGCACUGAUCCUUUCAUUGAGCAACCGUCUACCUUUUAGGUUCUGCGUAAAUAGAGAUUCGAAGAAUGUUAUUCUAGUUGUGAUCCGAGGCAUUAACAGACGGUUCAGUGCGGCCGAUGAAGAAUAUGAGUCUCAAUAUAACGAUGCGUUCAGAAUGCCAUCCUGGAGCCAGAACGUGU